AGAGCUGGCAGGGGACGCAGAUCCGUGCCUGGAGUCGCGGGGUUCCCAGACAAACUUCCAGGCAGGUGAGACGGCUCUGUGUUCCGAGGACCCUCCCCCGCUCCAGGCGGAGGGAGAAGCCAGCCUGUGAUUCGCUGGAAAGUUUUCUGUCAAGCUGGGAACGCGCCCCUUACGGGGACACUCACUCCGGAGCUGGGGCUCAAAGUAGGGAUCCGGAGAGCGUCCGGGAGACCCGGGAGUGGGGAGCUGGCCGACGGCGUGAGCUGAGAACCUGGGAAAAUCUCGCUUCCUUCCUCCUUCCCUCUUCCGUCCAUCACUGGGCUGGGCGGCCGGGAGCUGCGGGUGAAGAGGAGGCGGCCGCCUGGGAGCACAGGAAGGUGGGUCCACAGCUGAAAGUUUUAGCAUGACAGCCGUGCAGGAGUCUGCCCAAAGUCUCCCUAGAAGCCCCAGACAUCUUAUCCACCCGGUCCACCCCAGAUGCCUGGCAUUUGAAGAGAGCCGUCACUUGAGUGUCUGCUGAUGAUUUUUUACUGUGACAUAGGAGAAGUUCUUUGGUACAUGGAAGGAGUGUCUGUUGCCACUACUGUCUUCUAAUUUAUUUUUCUCUCUUUGAGCCGAGUCUUGUCCCUCUCUGCUGCCAUGAUGGCCCAGUCCAAGGCCAAUGGCUCACACUAUGCACUGACGGCCAUCGGCCUGGGGAUGCUGGUCCUCGGGGUCAUCAUGGCCAUGUGGAACCUGGUCCCUGGUUUCAGCGCUGCAGAUAAGCCAACAGCUCAGGGCAACAAGACAGAGGGAGGUGGUGGUAUCCUCAAGAGCAAGACUUUCUCAGUGGCCUAUGUGCUGGUCGGCGCUGGCGUGAUGCUGCUGCUUCUGUCCAUUUGCCUGAGCAUCCGGGACAAGAGGAAGCUUCGGCAGAGCGAGGAGCUGGCCCGCAUCCAACAGCAAGCGGGAGCUGUGCCUCCCACCCAGGAGGAAGACAGCCAGGAGGAAGAAGAAGAGGAAGCCUCUUCACGGUACUACGUACCCAGCUAUGAGGAAGUGAUGAACACGGGCUACUCGGAAACCAGGGGGCAGGAGCAGAACCCGAGACUAAGCAUCUCUCUCCCCUCCUAUGAGUCGCUCACGGGGCUCGACGAGACGACCCCCACAGGCACUAGGGCCGAGACAGAGGCCAGCCCAGGGCAUGCUCCCGACAGGCAGAACUCCAAGCUGGCCAAACGCCUGAAGCCACUCAAAGUUCGAAGGAUUAAAUCUGAAAAGCUUCACCUCAAAGACUUUAGGAUCAACCUCCCAGACAAGAACAUUCCUCCUCCCUCUAUUGAGCCUUUGACUCCUCCACCACAGUAUGAUGAAGUCCAGGCCAAGGCCCCCGAUGCCCGGCCUCCCGACUGACCCUUCUGACUACACUCCCUCCCAUCUCACCCUCCACACCAACAGACUGCGUCGAAGCCACUUCAGCCCCAGACGAGGGGUCAGGGCACACUUAGCCACUGUGAUGGGGAUUCUGGGUAGAGGGCUUUACUAAGGAUGGUUCAUAGGGACUCACGUAGCAGGUGCAUCAGAAGGAUGCUGGGGCUUGUGAUAAGCUGGACCACCACAAGGCCUUGGCAUCCCCUCCAUCUUCCUUCCCAACUCGGAUCGUUGGUGACACAGUCCUCUUCUGAGCUGGGACAGGAUCCCUAGUGACUGAUGUGAACCCAGGUUGUCUCCUUCCGCUUCCACCACAGUUGCUGUGUUUCAAAAAGAAACCAAGGGUUGUGCUUGCUUUCUUCACUGGAGCUUCAAACCGGCGGAGAACACGACUCAGCUUUGGCCAAAAGGACACAGGACUGUCAUAUGAAUAAAAUGAUGACCGUGUGGGGGUGAGUUGUCCGGGAGGCCCCUAGGGGCCCCUGGUGCUGUCGGUUCUUUGAGGGUCUACGGCCUGAUGACCUUCAGCACGUGACACAUGAGGUGGUUGUCUGAUUCGGUACACUGGUCUCUUGUGGGUGACGAAAGGCAAGAGAGGAAAAGUCACUGUUCCGUGUCUUCUCAAAUGCCAUGCGGCUGGGCAUUUUAUAAUAAAGUGUUUUAUAUGUA